CACGCACAUCACGUCCACCAUCACGAUUCACUGGCUGCCCGCAUCCUGGGCGCAAACCGCUGUCACCACAUCGAUCAGCCCACCGCGCAGAUUGAUAGCGCAGUCGGAGCGUGCAGCUAGCUCUGCCUUGUCUGGGACAGCAUGAAGCUGCACAAUCUCAAAGUGCGACCUCGCAAAGAGGUCGCUCAAGCUCCAUGCGCCGCAGAAUUCGCAGCCAUGUUGGCUUGCUGGGCCAGCUCGCAAGACACCAACAAUAUCGGACCUUGCGCGGCCAGCGCAAAGGUGUUGCAACAGUGCAUGAACAGCGGCAAAGCUAAUCGCAACAGACCUAGCAAGUCCACGAUCAAUUACCACUUGGCUAGGCUGAGCAAGCACAUGUAGAGAUGGCCCAUUUGGCUGGCGGAACGUCACAGAAAGCAGAGUCGUCGGAUCGAGGUGAUCGAAUCAUCAGCGGGGAGCAAUGUAAGCAUAGAAGCCAGGGGAUGGGGCAAACCGAAGAUGAGAAGAAAAAGCGGCCUACGGCAACAAGCCGAGCCACGAGCCCGGUGACAGCUAAGCUAGGUCGUCUAUGCAAUUUCAGAAGCAACGUGGACGUCAGCGCGGCCAUUGGUAAAGCGGCAUCUGCACAAGACGAAGCCGGACUGGCAUGCACAGCGAGGGG